AGAUAAUCCAAUAAUUACAGAAUAAAUAUAAAAAUGGUAAGCUUUAUAAAAUCCCAUAACAAUCUAAGAAUGUGAAUUAGACUAAUUUUUAUUAAUAAAUGGAGAAAUGUAAAACUAAUAUUUAUCACCAAUACCUUAAAUAUAAAUAUAAGUAAAACUAGAUUUAUAUGUACCUAUAGGCCUUUAAUAAAACAAUUUUUCUAUAAAAAUAGACUAAAAUGAAAUGUAUACAUAUUAAGGAAGCUAAUCAACUGAAAAUUUAAUAAACUGUAAUUCAUAACAAUAUAAUUUGAUAAAAGUAGAUGCUACCAUUUAAUCAACUAAUACUUAAUUUUCAUUAUAAAUUGGUGUUAAAAAUGGAAUAUAUGGUAUAAAAAAUUUAUAAGUAUAUGUAAUUUUUGCUAAAUAAUGUCACCCAAGUUGUAUCUGUAGCCCAAACUCUGGAAUUUGUUAAACCUGUAGUGAUCCUAAUUCUACAAUGGUAGCUAAUAAAUAUUGUUCAUGUAAUACAAACUAUUACCUUAAAUCAGAUAAUCCCUUUUAAUGCUCAUCAGCAAUAAAUGGAAUUCCUUAAUAAGUAUCAUUAUGUGAAAAAGAAAUAUCUUUAUAAAUAAAAGAUGUCUACGUAAUAUCAAACUGUUCAAUAAUAGGAAAUUUAUUUUAGAAUUAAAUAGUUUACAAUUUUUCAAGAACAAAAGUAAGCACAGAAUGUCAAAAUUUGCUUAAAACCGAAAUUCUUAUAGACCUUAAAAACGAUUAGAAUUUUACUUUAUUAAAUUCUGAAUAUAUAAAAGACAAUUAAAAUUAAUAAUAGUCUAAUAUCUAAAUUUCGCUUAUUGAUAUUUACCAAUUGGCAUAUAUUAAUAGUAUUGUUUAGGGUGUUAUUUAUCAAAAAAUGAGCUUUGCAGUUAAUUUUAAAAACCAAGAUAAUAUCAUAAGAUAACAUAAAUUUACGGUUACUGUUUAUACAAGAAGAGAUGUUGUUUAAAUCUUCCAAAUUGAUACUACUAAUUAAAUAACCAACAAUUGUAAUCCUGAUUAUGAUUGUGUAAUUAUUGCUGAUUUAGAUACAUAAGGAAAAAUCUGCAAAGAUUAAAAUUGUCUCGAAUUCUUGGAAAAUGUAAAACCUGUUUAUACUGUCGGAGAUAAUAUGUUUGUUUAAAUUAAAUUUAUUGAUAAUUCCUAUAAGAAAUUCUUGAAACUUGAAACUGUUUUAUUUUAAGGAAAUAUUGUUGUACUUGAUUGUACUACUAUUACUAGUGUUCUUAGUUCUACACCAGGAGUAAUUGUUCUUAGUAUUCCACUUAUUCAAAGUGCUUAAGAUGCUGUUAUUUAAGUCAAUUUAAAAAUUGAUGCUGAUAAUAAUAGAUUAAGAAAUCUAGCUGAUGAUCUGUAAAAUUCUAAGUAGAAUUUCUUUUUAGUUGUUUUGUAAAAGUAAAAUCUUAAAACACUAUAAGGCAAUUCAGAUUAGUAAAAUUUUUCUUUUGCCUUAUAGUUCUUAUUGGUAUAGCUUUUUGGAUUAUUUUUGGUUUUUUGAGAAA